AUGAGCUCUCAAACGAACAAACCUCUCGUCCUUGUUACCGGUGGCUCAGGCUUCGUGGCUGUCCAUUGCCUCCUCGUCCUUCUCAAUACCUCCUCAUACCGUCUACGUACCACUACCCGCUCCUCCUCGAAAGCCUCAUCUGUCAAAUCUCAGCUAAAGGUCGGUGGCGCCAAUGAUGCUGAUAUUGAAGCUAUCGACUUCGUGGAGGCCGAUUUGACGGAAGACGAAGGCUGGGAUCGCGCAGCUGCCGAUUGCUCUUUUGUCUUGCACGUUGCAAGUCCAUUUCCUCCCAAGGCACCGAAGCACGAAGAUGAGCUCAUCAUACCUGCACGAGAAGGAACGUUACGCGUCCUUCGAGCUGCGAAGAGAGCCGGUACUGUGAAACGGAUAGUCCUCACGAGCAGUGUUGCAGCAGUUGGAUAUGGACACUCUGACGUGUCGCGGCCGUUCACAGAAGAGGACUGGUCAAAUGUCGACGCCGGCAUUCCCGCCUAUCCAAAAAGCAAAACGCUAGCAGAACGUGCUGCGUGGAAUUUCAUUGAACAGGAAGGCGAAGGCAUGGAACUCUCGGUCGUCAAUCCUGUCGGUAUCUAUGGCCCUCUAUUCGCCAGCGAAUCCUACUCUACAAGUAUAGAACUGGUUCUACGUCUAAUGAAUGGUUCUAUACCCGGACUUCCUGACAUUGGAUUCGGUGUGGUCGAUGUGCGAGAUGUGGCUGACCUACAUCUUCGUGCCAUGACCGAUCCGAAAGCCAAAGGCGAGCGUUUCAUCGCAGUGGCUGGAGACAACGAGGCUAUGACAGUGCAGGAGAUAGCAAUGGUACUAAAGGAGAGGCUAGGCUCGAAGGCUAGUAAAGUACCUACUUUGGUAGUGCCGAACUUCGUGGUGAAAAUGCUAGGGUUCUUCGAUCCCACAGUCAGAAUGAUCAUACCUGAUCUGGGCAAGAGGCGAGUUUCAAGCAACCGGAAGGCGAAAGAAGUGCUUGGGUGGCAGCCAAGAGGCGUUGCUGAUAGUGUGGUUGCUACGGCAGAGAGUCUGGAGCAACUUGGCAUGCUGAAGACAUGA